UUCCUUUAAAAUGAGCGACGAACGAUCGCCGUAGCUCAGUCGUUGCAUUUGCUUCGAGAAAAGCGUGAACUUAGUAGACAAGAUGCAUUACGGUAACUUUUGGCUAUGCACAGGGUUGCUAUUACUUGCUGCUGGGCAGCUAACAGAGGCCGCGACGUCGCUUGUCUCUUAUCACGACGAUGCGCACCCCGGCAAGUGCACGGCCAGUGAGACAGAUAUCCUCUCACCAGGUGAAACGACGGUAACAUCGAAGUUUUGUGCGAAAAUUACUUGCGAAAAUGAAGACGGUCUUGCCCAAAUCGCCGGUUGUAUUCCCCAGGCUCCGCUAGCAGGCUGCAGAUGGGGUCCUCGCUUAAAUAAGACGGCGCCAUAUCCUGAAUGUUGUGAACGCAUCCAGAUUUGCGCUUAGAAAGGACAUCAAGUUGAUAUUUGGUUAUUCAAAUGUAAAGUUUAUUCAAUAAAGUCAUUUUAAUUUUCUGGCUUAUUGCA